AUGAAGCUCUCAUUCUAUACAUCAGCGCUCUCUUUAUUCAUCUCCUCCGCCGUCUCCUCCACCACCUCCUUCACCCCCUGCCCACUGCUCGGCCCAGCCUUUCCUCCCUACACGCUGGACACAAACGACAAAAUCAUCAGUAAAGCGCUGGAAGCACUCACACAAAAGUUCAACACCCAACUCGGAGGCGGCAGCGGCUCCCACGGCGAAACCUCAGCAAAUACCACCUUCAGCGUUGCGCUGUUCUCUGCGAACCCCGGCACCGCCGCAGACGAGCCUUUCUUCUGGGAGUACCACUAUGCGGCGCCUUGGCUGAACAAAUCUUCCGCUGGGCCGAGUCCCGUGCAUAAAGAUAGUGUUUAUCGGAUUGGGGGACUUACGGAGAUUUUUACCGUUUGGUCGCUUUUGAUUGGAGAGGGAGAUAACAUCUUGGAUGAGCCGGUUACCGAGUAUCUCCCUGAGUUGAAGGAUGGUGUGCCUGGACAGGAUAUUGAGCGUGUUGUCUGGGACGAGGUUACGGUUGGGCAGCUCGCGAGUCAUAUGUCCGGUCUUGCACGGGAUUAUUGCUCUAAGUAUGUGGCUGCAAGGCCUGGACUGCCUGAACUCCCAACUACCAACAAGACUUGCUGCGACAAUCCUUACAAGUGUGAUAGUAACGACUUCAUUAAACUGAUAUCCAAACAACCCCCCGUCGCCCCAGCCGGAGUCACCCCCAGCUACUCGAACGUCGCCUUCCAGCUACUGGGCUACAUCAUCGAACGCCGCGCAGGGAAACCCUUCAUCGAUGUCCUGGAACACGAUAUCUUUGUUGCUUUGAACAUGACCGAAUCCUCCGUCUUCGCCCCAGUCACCGACAAUACAGGCCUUUCGCCAAUCAUCCCCAUCAGCAAACAAGCCAGCGGGUGGUCAACCCGUCUUGGGGGAGAAGAAGCGUCCAGAUCCAUCUACAGCAGCACCAAAGACGUCGCAACAGCCGGCCAAGCAAUCCUAAACUCGACCCUCCUGACCCAAGCUACAACAAACAGGUGGCUGAAACCCGUCGCACACACCUCGAACCCAGCAAACUCGCUCGGUCUGCCCUUCACCAUCUAUCUCGGCGGGAAUUACCCAGACCAGUCCCUCGUCGACGUGUACACGCUCCUCAGCAACGAGGGAUACAAGGAGAGUCUGUACAGCUCGUAUAUCGGACUUGUUCCGGACUACGGGGUCGGAUACGUCAUUCUCUCUGCGGAUACGCAGGAACCGGCUGAUUUGAACGCGCAUGCGGAUAUUAUCGGGGAUGUUGUUCUUGCGGCGCUGGUUGAGACGUCGGUUUUGCAGGCGGGUGCUAAAUUUAAUGGGACUUAUACGGCGGCUCAGGCAGCGGGUGUUAAUUCCACCACCGGUCUCAACUCGUCUAUCACUGUUGGACAGGAUAGUCUGAUGGGGUUGUAUAUCGACGAGUUUAUCAGCAACGGGACGGACUUGCGAAAGACGCUCGCUGGGUUUGUUGGUGUGGAGAACUCCAAGGAUUUGAGUAUCAGGCUGUAUCCUACGCAGCUUGUUGGUGUUGAUGCUGGUUCUGAUUCGUCGAAACAGGCGUUUAGGGCUGUGCUGCAGGAUGUUACGGAGUUGGCGGAUAAUGAUACCCCGACUUGUGUGUCGUGGAUGGAUGUUGAUGAGCUGCAAUAUGGAGGGAGAGGUCUGGAUGAGUUUGUCUUCUCGUUGGAUCACAGUGGGAGGGCUGUUGGUGUUGAGAUUCCGGCGUUGCGGGUGGAUUUGCUGCGAACCAAGAACUAG